GCAGCAGUUGUCUUGAGAGGUUGGAACUAACUGAUUCAUCUCACCGUAUCUCAUCUCAUCGCACCUUAUCCCACCGCAUCUCUUCCCAUCGCAAAGAAGAGCAAGGCCUUGGAGAAAGCAGGCUCAACAGCCAGCAUGCCGAAGAAAAGGGGCCAUCAGAGGUCGUCUGGUAUCCGCUCCCGCACCGCCCGGGCUGAGCUGUUCGUCUCUGUGAGCCACAUAGAGCACCUCCUGCGCAAAGGCCACUACGCCCAGCGCCUGAGCUCAUCUGCACCAGUCUUCCUAGCAGCGAUCAUUCAGGACCUGAUGUCCAAGGUCCUGGAGCUGGCAGGCAAUGAGGCCCAGAAAAGCGGUGAGACGCACAUCACCCCCAAGUUGUUGGACAUGGCGAUCCACAACAAUGCUCUGCUCAGCAGCAUUUUUGGGAUGACAACCAUCUCCCUGGUGGCCCCGGGUCCACACUAG